AUGGCCACCGGUACUGUGACGCUCGAUGCAGCGUAUUUCGAGACUUUGCUACGAAGAGCACAAUUUCAUACAACUGGUAUUGAUCUUACGACUCCGCUGAAUGUACCAACGGUGACAAUACCCAAGACCAACCAUGAUAGCCUUUUGGCAAUUUCCCGUCAAUAUGCCAACCUCAAACGCAACCUCUACAGAGGUGGUAUCGCCGAGGAAACUCUUGAUAUUCUGAUUCGGGAUGAUUCGGUCGCGACCCAAAAUGAUGAAUCGACAACACAUGACGAAGAGAGUGCGGCCUUCUUAAGCCAACAACCCCUCUCGAGCGCACAAGGGAAUGGGGGACAAGACUACACCUUUGGACGGAAUGCGAAUUAUACCCCCCGAAAUACCAACGGCAACGGGUUCCAUAGCCAUUCGCAGACAAAUGAUGAUAUUCCAUAUAUGCCGGAUGGUCCAGACUGCUUUUAUGAUGGAGGAAUUGGCAACAAUGAAUCACAGCCAAAAUCCCAACGUCAACAAUUCAAAAAGUCCGCCAAGCGAACUGUGCAGCUUGCUAACCUGGCUGAAUCGACUACCCACCAAGAUAUCGUAGAUGCGGUAAGAGGAGGCAUGCUGUUAGACAUCUAUCUCCGGAUCCAUGAUCGUACAGCAAGUGUUUCUUUCUUGGAGGAGGCUCAGGCCUCUGACUUUUUCCGACAUGUGAAGCGUCAUGACUUGUAUAUUCGAGGCAAGAGGGUUGAGAUUCGGUGGAACGACCGUCAAUUUAUCCUGCCGGGUCAUGUUGCUAACAAGAUUGCUAUUGGUGCAACGAGAAACCUCGUCAUCCAAAACCGCACUGCAAGACACACCGAGGAAGCAAUUCGGGACGACCUCGAGCAUAUCCAUAAUCUCGUUGUCGUCAAGGUAGCUUUCAGCGACAAUAAUGUUUAUAUCUCCACAAACUCAGUCCACAAUGCCAUGUUCGCUCGAACAUGCAUGAUGAGUCGGUCUACCUACAAGGGCUCCAAGAUUGAGUGGGACAGCGACGAAUGUGCUGCACCCCUCGAGAGGCCUCAGCAAUUCCGCCAAGAGACAGCCGCUCCUAGGAAGAAAGACGCACCAGUGAUGAACCGGUUUCAACUUCUGAACAUGGACGACGACGAUGAGGAUGGCGAGCACGAUACCAGCGUUCUCUCAUUCCCAACCACAAUUACUGCCACUAGCGUUUAUGCUUGA